AUGCGACCAAAGGUGCCAGCAUCACGCAAACAGGUGGAGGCCCCUGACGCAGACAAAUCCGAUGAUUCCAUAAAAGUCGGGGAUAUCCGUGCGAGCAAGCGACUGAGCCAGGUAAUGCAACUUCUGCUGAAAGUGAGGAAGAAACACCUGGAGGCCGGUGAACAGCCAAUCGAGCGAAAUAAAUUCAUAAUAGCACCAGAUGGCUACGUUCCCAACUCAACUGUUCGUUCCUUCGUUAUCCCACACAAAUACGCACGAUUUGUCGAAAAAACCCUUCCAAGUGGAAAAGCGGAAAUUGUGAGUAUCAGUUGGAAAGCUGUCUUCUCUUUCAGGCUGCUAGAACUAAAACAAUCUAGGUUUCAGCCCCCUGGCUGA